CCCUGACCUCAAUACUGGAGGAGAAGAGAGAUGAGCGCUGGGAACUGAACACCAGUACAAUACACGGUACUCCACCUCCAGACAGUGCACCGUAUAAUGCAACUUGCAAGUUACACUGUGACCCCAUUCAGUUCAAUGGCUGGUCACUCGAUGGGUGUCGGGGGCAAGAUUGCUGUGUAACCCCAGCCUGAAUCCCUCUGUGCUCUGUGAUAUACUAUGUCCCAGAAAGCAGUGCUGAAGGAUUUUUCUAUAUAUGAACUUUUCAAGUGGUGGAGCUGACAUUAUGGUUUCAACCUUCGGAGAACUGUCCAGAUGGCACCUGUGAAGUGAACGCUAUUGGAUUUUGCUCUUUGACCUCCAAUUGUACACAAUCCUGGCUCAACUCAGUGACCUCUCCCCUCCAGCCCUCUCCCCUCACCCCAAUAUGAAUGGUCAAGUGCCUUGUCCUACUUCCGAGGAUCUGUCCUCUCACCAGGCUCCACCUACUCUCGAACCCUAUGCUCCUCCUCCUCCUCCAGCUACUACACAGGACACUCUCGAAGAUGCCUCAUCUCCAGGAUCCCUCCUGUCCACCUCUGGCCUCCUCCUUGCUCGUUCUCUCCUUAGUCGCCGGAGUAGUACUUCACCAAACAAUUCACCAUCAUCCUGUAGCCUUCGCCGUCGUCGAGAAUUUACUCCAGAAGAGAGAAAAGAUGACACUUACUGGGACAAGCGGAAAAAAAACAACGAGGCGGCUAAACGCUCAAGAGAGAAACGUCGUGCUGGUGACAUUGCCCUAGAAGGACGCGUCAUUGCUCUUUUGGAGGAGAAUGCAAGGCUGCGAGCUGAGCUGCUUGCUCUUCGAUUCCGCUUCGGCCUGGUACGGGAUCCAUGUGAGGAAGCUCGUGGGUCGUAUGCACAGCCAUGCGGUCUUCAUGAUCCUACUCCACCAAAUCCUCCUCCACCAAUGCCUCAUUCAGAAGACUCUGGAUUCUCCACACCCAGUGUCGGCAGUCCAGUUUUCUUUGAAGACAGAGUUCCUGAACAGGAGCCUCAAAAUUUACCGCCACCAUCCAUAAAUUAUUAUGGAUCAGUUCCAGUAGAGACUGUAGAACAUCCUCGUGGGAGACUUGACAUUCAUCCUGACACAUAUAAAAGCCUCCCACACAAGUUGAGGUUUAAAGCCUGUGCUCCAGGUGAGGACGGACCUCAUGUCGCAGCACCCGUUUCUAACAGUUUUCCUACUGAAGUGGCCCAAGGUUUCCCCCAGCAGCCAAUGGCCUUUCCACGAGGACGGUGGGGAAACCAAGGUCAGGAUGGAUCUCCCAGUCAGGCUGCAGAAAACUCUGAACUUAGGUCUCAACUUGCCUCACUGUCCGCGGAGGUGGCCCAGCUGAAGAGAAUUUUUUCAGAGCAGAUGACGGGUCGAAGUGGACCUGAUUAGUACUGUACUUUAGUCAUAAGCCACAAAUCGUUGCAAAUUGCUAAUAAGAAAUACAUGAGAAACUUAUUACAAAAGCCACACAACUGGUUUCCUCUAUUUACCUAAAACACGUCAGCUGCUCCACAUAAGAAGGCAUGAUUUCAUAAGUCUGGUGCUAGAAAGACAUUACUUCCUUUGCGAAAGGAUACUGAAUUAGUCCAGUUGCUGAGAUAUACAAUGGACUGAUGUGACCUCUUUUCCUCCACUGGAGGGAGUGCGUAAUAUAAUACUGUCUGGAACAAGU